AUGGCUUCUUCUGGGGCAUUGAGCUCUUUCGAACAGGUUCAUGACCAAUCUAAUAUCCCAGCGACCAUACCUGAACAGAGCAAAAAGAAAAGACCGCAACAGCCACGACAACAUCUAUCAUGCACGAAAUGCCGGGAGCGAAAAGUCAAGUGCGAUCGGAUGCAACCAUGCUCCGCAUGUUGUGCUCGCGGACAACCAAAAGAAUGCCAUUUUACGGCUGGUAGUAGUGCAGAAUAUGCACCUAUUCAACAGUCUUACGAACUGCGUAAAUUGCGUGCGGAGAAUAUUCGAUUGAAGCAGGAGAUACGAGCUCUUCAAGGUAUUGAGUCCGACGGUGACGAUUGUGACUCUCGCCCAAAGACAACGACCGUAAUGAAUGAGCCCUCAAGCGCGUCUAAAAGGCCGCAAGCUCUUCGUCAGAAGAGAUUCAAAGAUGAAGGCUCUGCCAACAAUCUCUAUUUUGGGACCCCCGGCCUGGCAAAUAUCAUCAGUGAGUUUGCAACCUUGCGGCUGGGACAGCAAACAGCGUCAAUUUCGCAUGCUGUUCCCCGAGGAGUCAAUAUCUUUGCCUUUCAAGAUGCACCUAGUUAUCCAUUUCCAUCGCUAUGGCCUGCAUCAGCUGGCGUGUCGGUACUCUUAAAUUGCCUCCCUGCACGCGACGAGCUCAUGUCGCAAAUAGAAUCAUUCCAGAAUCGAGCUCAAUCUUGUUCUUUUCCGCAUGUCCCGGACAAGAUCAUGCCAAAAGAAAUAGAUCGAUUCCUUGCCGAUGCCGAUGCGAACGCAUUCAAGAAUCCUGAUAUGCUCGCGUUAAUUUUUGCGGCGCUUGCGCAAGGCCUGCAAAACGGCGUGUAUGAUAGAUGCGGCGGGAAAUGGGUCGAAGGUGCAAUGGAGGCAGACAUGAGAAAAGGUGAUGUUUAUGUGGCCGCAUCCAUGGAGGCGCUGAGACUCUCGUCUUUCAUGAAUCGUCCAACUUUGUUUGGCAUUCAGACUCUGAUCAUGAUUGGGCCGUAUUUGACAAAUGCUGGAAAGUUUCUCGAUGCUUGGGCUUUGUUUGGCGUAACAAUAAGGCUUGCUCAGAGCGUUGGCUUGCACCGGCACCAUAAGUAUCUUGAUCCUACGCCGCCACUCAGAGAGUGUACUGUUCGUCAAUCACUCUGGUGGUGGAUGCUACACAUGGAUCAGCAAUAUUCCAUGACGCUUGGACGGCCACUGGGUAUAUCGGGAAUUGGUGAUUGCCCUCCACUGGAGCCGCUGACAACUGAUAUAAGAGUUCACCGGAUCUCACAAUAUGUAAACCAUUUUACAAUUCUUGCUCGCCAGAUCUUGUCCAGUGAUCGGCUCUCCAACCCUAAGAUUGACGAAUUUUCAGAGAAGCUUCUAGUACUCUUGGAGACCCUUCCUGAAGUCCUUCAAUUUGAUGAAACUUGGCUUGAUGAAAGCAGGCAAAUACCCGAAUGGCCCUUCAACGCUAUGGCUGCUGUUUUUUACGCAAAGACUCACAAUUUUCUCCUACUGCUCAACCGUCAGCGGCAGGAGAAUAGCGUUCAAAGCUCACAGGCCAAUGAGCUCGGCUGUGGCGGUCUGCAGGAGCCAGGCAGAGGACGCGCGCGUGUUCUCUCGAGCGCGAGAGCACUGCUAGACGCUUUUGAGUUCUUCAAUGCCAGGGUUCGACCGGCUAUGGUCUGCUGGACAAUGGGCCAGCAGGCUUUUAACGCCGCCAUGAUCUUGUUGCUGUCCAUGCUUGAGACUGGUGAUGUGAGUGAUAUGUGGCUCGUCAAUAGAACGUAUCUCGCCUUUUUUGAGAUGCAGCAAAAGGGAAUACACCGGCUCGCCGGGGUUGCCGUCGAGAGACUCGCUUCACUCAUGCUCAAGUUCUGCGCGUCAGAUGUGCAACAGUCGCAUGAUAUUGUUGAAGGGGUCAUGGGAGGCACCGGAAUGUUGCUUUUGGAAGAUCCAGGUCUCCAGGGGUUUGUGGGGGAGAAUUUCGCGUCGCCCUGGUUUGAGAUGGCAGAUAUGGACGUGGUUGCCCCUGGAAUCGGCAGCCCCGCGUGGGCGGCACGGCUCGCCACUCACGUCUCCGGCGAUGAUGACAUUUGA